AUGGCAUGGAAUGAGUUUGGAGAGCUCACAGCUCUUUCCAGCCCCUCUGCUCCUCACUUUCAGCAGGCCCCACUGGCAGUAUCUAACCCAUGGAGGGAUGGUAUGGCCAUGCCAGCUGAUGUGGGUGUUCACUUUAUUGUGGUAAGUGACUACCUCAAGGGGGUUGGGGAGUGUAGAUUCCUUGCUUGGACUACAGCACCACUCCCAAGUGUUUCUGGGUCUAGCAUCUAUAUGAACACCCUUUGGGAAAUGGGUCUCUGGUCUUACUGUUCUCCAGUGAGACUAUGUAGGAGGGACCUGGCUGGUGCCCUGAGAGUUCUGACUCUGAUCUCCGAGAAGGCAGCCAUAACUCCUGUCUUUUGCUGCCCACCCAGGGGCGGCCCUUUAGCUUGA